AUGUCGCAGGAGCGUGUGAAUUGUCGCUUUCGAUCAGCUCGUGAAGAUGAAGGGGUUAGCCGGGUAAUUCAUGCAGCGGCGGACGUGGGGCAUGGCGGCGCGCAGCACGAGCGGCAAGAAGGGCAAGAGGGACGAGAGGGGCAAGAAGGGCUAGAGGGGCUAGAGCGGCAAGAGGGGCAAUGGCGGGAGCAUGACGAGGAGACGUGUGUAAGGGAGGGUGCGGUUACAAUUAACUCGUUAGAAGGAAACUCGAUGGAUGAUAGAGAGAGCGAUGAGAGUGAGGAGAGUGAGGAGAGCGAGGAAGGAGACGAGGGGGAGGAGGACGAUACUGGGAGUGAGUCGUCGGCUGCUCCCCAGCGGGCCCCUUCCCCCUCCCCUCCCCCGAACCUUAAUCCCCUGGCGCUGCUCGCGCUCUCCCACGCGCCCUUCCCCUCCGCCUCGUCGGUCACCAGCACCACCUUUUCCGGCGGAACCAGCCCCACGCUCUCUUCCGCCGCCGCCGCGUCCUCCCGCUCCGCCGUCUCCCCGCCCACGUCCCCCUCCGCGCCCUCCGCUUUCCCCAAUUUCUCUUUCGCUCCGCCCCAAGCCGCGCACCCGAUUCCCCACCCGCGCCCGCCGUCGUCCGCGGUCGUGAACAUGGCGUCGCUAACGGCUUCGCAGAAGUUCGCGAAGCUGCUCCAGCAGCUCGCGAAGCAGUCGGCGGAGCUGUCGGAGCUGCGCGGGGAGUUGGCGGACGCCAAGGCUGAAGUGGCGGAGAUGCAGGCGGUACUGGCGAAGGCGGGGCUGGAUUUUGUGCGCGAGCGCAUGGAAAAGGAGCGUCUCGGGCAGGCCUGCGCAAAACUUAACAACGCGCUGCUCUCCUCGCGCCGCGAGACCGCGGACGAGCGCGAGCGGCGCGAGCUGGCGGAGCGGCUGGCGGUGGCGGCGGAGCUCGCGCGGAGGCAGCUGCUGGAGGAAAUCACGCUGGAGCGCGCGCAACUCGCGCGCGCGGACAACUGGCGGGAGCACAACGUGCAUUUAAAGCUGGUCGAGGCGCAGAUGGUGGUGUCUGAAAAGGUGGCGAUUCUAGAGGUGCUGCACGCGGAACUGGAGAAGAAGUUCCGCCAGGUGGGCGCGGGGAGGCUGUGGCGGGGGGAGGAGGAGCGCCCGUUCGGGUGGUUUCUGAAGUUUCUCAAGCAGCCCGAAGGCAAGGCGUGGGCUGUUGAGGGGCUUGGGGGUGAAGGAGAGGAGGGGGCACGGGUGGGGGAUAAGGGAAAGGGGAAGGCGGAGGAGGGCGCUGCUGGUGCGGGUGAUGCCAUGCCUGGUGCUAGUUCUUCUAACGGGGCUGCUUCAAGCGAGGGUGAUGCUCAGGAAGGGGAUCGUAGGGGUGACAAUAGUAGUGCGAGAGACAGUACUGAGAGUGACUCUGACGAAUAUGAUAAUGACAGGACUGGCGGUAGCUCUGACUCGCUCUCCGAGGCUGUCCCGCUGGUCAGUGGAGGCGGCGAUGAGCUUCGGAUUCCGAAGCUGCGGGACAGGUCCGGGAACGCAGGCGGAAACAGCAGCAGCAGCAGUGCGCGGAUUCCGGGGCGGGGGGGAGGCAGCAGGUGCAGGUGGCGCGGCGAUCGGCUGCUAGACACGGAGGAGCCCAUGUUGCUGCAGGGGGGAUACCACGGCUGUAGCGCGUGCGGCCAUGGCAGGCCAUCGGCUGUAGCGGCUGCAGCAGCACGCAUGAGUAGUUUCUGUAGCAGCUGUGGCGGGCGAGGAGUUGGGAGUAGAACUAGUGGGGUGGGUGCUAAUGUGAGCAGCAGUGUUGGGUCAUUAGGUUUAGAUGGGUGGCUUGAUUUGUCUGCACUUGCAUCUGUUUGCUCCCCCGAGUGGUUUGCUACAGCAGCAGCAGUCACUGUAGCGUCGGUGAACAGUGUUUUUGGUGGGGAACGGACGGCAAUAGGCGGAGCAGCAGGGAGACGCGAGGGAAACCUCUUAGGCAUGCAGUUACCCUUUUCGUCUUGUUUUGAUUCGCAGUAUGCGCUAUCAGCCACGCACGAUGAUUUGAAUGAUGACGGUGAUGAUGAUGAUGCUACUGCCAGUGGUAGGAAUGGCAGAGCAGCCAAUGCAAGGCCCUGUGGCUGCAUGCACCGUAGCAGGCUUGGCCCGAGGCAAGGCAACAGGUCUGGAGGGCCUUCUCUUGGCACGAGAGACGGUGGGAUUGACGAAGGGUUCAGGGAGCAGGGCAAGGGCAAGGCGUCUGCUCUGUUGCCGCCCAAGCCGCAGCGUGCAGGCAGGGGAGUAGAGACAGGCAGUGCGGGAGGGAGAGGUUGUGGAGGAGGGGAGUACUGCCAGUGCUGUGGGCGCUGCUGUCGGUGCCCGAUUGGAAAUGGAGGUCGCUAG